AUGGUCCCCAGGCUGUGCGAGUACGUGAAGAUUGCAUUCAGAGAUUGUGUGCGUCUCCAGGGAGUGACCGCUGUGCCUGUCGAGCAGAACAGAAGUCAGCUAAUGCUACCUCCUGGUGUCCAUCGGUCAAGUAGGAGCGGGAUCACCAAGAGACACGUCCCCAAGCCCCAUGUCAUCGAGAAGGACCUGACGUUCACCUCAACCUUGGAACCUGCUUUUCCAAAGAAGCAAAGCGUAGCAGUGAAACCAAGCUCUCCACAGGAAGAAAAUGAAUCCAACCAGUACUUCAAGGGCUCAUUUGAUCUGGUGAACGAGACCUACCAUUCCAACUACGGGAAUUCCUCUUCAGAUGAUUUUAAGAGUGAGGCUUUGAAGCUGGAGAAUAUGAUUAGUAAUGCUUUUGCAAAAAGUACAUUGAAACAGCAUUAUCAGGACUCAUCUAUAAUGGCACUAAUGUCUAGCCCCUUCAGAGCACAUUUCAUACUGAGGUUUAGCAAUGGCAUCCAAGAAUCGAAGCUCAGCCACAACACUGUGGCCCAGGAAAUGAUUCAAGGGUACCAGGAAGUGCCGGGCAACAAAGUUCUGAUGGAUGUGGAGAGCUUGCAGGUGGAAGAUUACAGUGGAUUUUGCCUUCUGAAGCCAUCAUCUCCGUUCCUCCAUAAUGGGGCAAGUGACGGCCAAAGCAACUACCAGGGUAAUCAAGAUAACAACCAGAAUGACAACAACCUUGGUGAUAAGGAGGGCUUUCCCUGGCACAUCACAGUGUUGAAGGAUGGAGAGCCUGCUUGCGCUGGGAGCAUGAUCACUGAGAAGUGGGUUCUGAGCACCAGCAGCUGUGUGAUAUCCAGUGAAGUCUCGUCAUAUUCCAUUCAGCUUGGCACAGGCAAAGAGAAACAUGAUCCUGAGGAUGAACUGUAUUCAGUCGCCAAGAUUGUCUCUCACUCCUUAGAGGAUCUCGUAUUAAUCCAGCUGGCAAAAUCUGCCCCGAUCACGCCUUCGGUCCAUCCAGUUUGCCUUCCUGAUCUGUCCCGUGUUGCACCCGCUGGGACAGAGUGCCAGGCUCUGGGAUCAAAGAAAGUCGGGGACGUAGAUGUCCUUCAGUGGAUGGUAACUUCCCCAUCUGGCUGCCUCCUCUCUUCCUCCUCCACAUCAGUGUGUGCACAAAUGUCGCACUUCAAAUACAACGUGCAGAUGACCCCUGGAGGAUCUUUUGUCUGUCCAGGAGAGACUAAACAGCUUUACUUGGAGGGAAUCAUCCCAUCUUCCACAGAGAGCCAAAGCUCAUCCAUGAAGAAAGAUCAAACGGCCAUCUUCACUCGAGUGGCACCUUUUGUUCUGUGGAUAAAAUCUCAGGUUCUCCCUUGA